GGUGUGUUGACUUUACUAUUUUUGUAAGUGUAGUGUAAAAUAGCUGAAAUAAUCGUGAAGAGAGCAACAGCUUUUUGAGGAAUUUAAUCUAAAUAUGAGCAGUUUGAUAGAUUAGAUCUAUAAGUGCAUGGCAUAAAGGUGUCUAUAUUAAUACAUUAUAGUUAUUAGUUGUGAUAUAUGCUAUAACAUUAAGAAAUAACCUCAACUGAAUACAAACAUUCCUUCAACUAAGAGGUUAGAAAUUACUCUAAUUAUAAUGGCUUUACAUUCUGGAGUAAAAGGAAAACUGAUAGCAGUUAUUGGUGAUGAAGAUACUUGUGUUGGUUUUUUGCUUGGUGGACUUGGGGAAAUUAACAAAAACAGACAUCCCAAUUUCAUGGUAACUAAUAAAAACACCAGUGUCAUUGAAAUUGAAGAAACAUUCAAGCGAUUCAUUAAAAGAGAUGACAUAGAUAUAAUUCUGAUUAACCAAAAUGUGGCCGAGUUAAUUCGUCACACUAUUGAUGAAUAUGUGCAACCCAUUCCAGCUGUUUUGGAAAUUCCCUCCAAAGAUCAUCCUUAUGAUGCUAGCAAAGACUCUAUCCUGCGCAGAGCUAAGGGAAUGUUCAAUCCAGAAGAUUUACAGCACUAAAACCUGUCUAAUUGACUGUCGUAAUAUAAAUAAAACUAAAGCUAUAAAGUCUAAAUUAAGUUUUGUUUAUUUUGAAUUAUGCUUAGAAUUAAAAUUGAGAAGUCCAGGAAAUUCAAAUAAAAAGUUAUAGUAAGCAAGAGCAGAGUAUGAAAAGUGAAUCCAGUUUUUAUAUUGCCAAUUACAAUUAUUCAUAUACCCUAUCGGAUAACAGAACUAUCAAUCAAUAUCAACAUAUUGAAAAAAUUAAAUAAAAGUUAUAUGUUUAAAAUAAAAUGGAUUUAUUAGAUACUUACAAUAACAAUCUCAUAAAUAAUUGAGAAAUUGGUCAUAAUCAUAAAUCAAACGAUACAGAAAAGUUAAUAACAUAUCCUUGGAAAAUAAUAAAAAUCUUAAGGAGUUUUAAUAAGCUUCCUACAUUUGUUAGGCUAUUCAAUAACGAUUCAGUAUAUAAUCAAACUUCGACAUUAUAUAAUAAUUGUAUGCAAUAAGAAUUAUAAUACAUUAACAACUCAAAUAAUCCAUUAAAAUAUUCAAUAACAAAUUUAAAAAUAACAUUACAAAAUAACAAAACGAACUAUGGCCUGGAUGUACACAUCAGAAAAACGUUACAAUAUUUAUAGUUUGCCUGGAUAACAGUGAGCUACCGCUUUUGUAAAAAGGAGGAAAGGAUUCUCCACAUAAGGAGAAACUAAACCCAAAUGUAUAUCUAAAAAUAUCUCACAAAUUCUUUGUAUUGAUUGCCAUUUUCAAAAUCUAAAAUAAAAUGUGUUAGGCUACUUCUAGAUGUUUAUGGUUUACAUUACAAAUUAGUGUAACUAAGUUUAAUAAGUUGAAAUCAUAUUUUAAGUUAAAUAAAUUGUAAUAUGAAAUUUUUAAUUGGAUAAAAACAACCAAAUAAUUCGAUGUAUAAAUCAACCAAAUAAUGAGUGAAGGCCGCUUAUUGAAGUCUAUCCAAAAUCUUAUUUAAAUAAUAGAGAAGCCAUAACAACAUAACAAACACAUUGAAACCAACCAAACACAGUUAAUCAUCUUGAAUGCUGUUUCGCUUAGUUUUAUAAAGUUUACAUAUCUUAAUUAGAAAAUGUCAUUUUUACAUAAAAUAUAUGCUUUAAAACUAAAUGGGUUUGGUGCAAAUUUAAGUUAAUUAAUUGUUCCAAGUUUAUUGAUCAGUAUCUGCUGAUUUAUAUAUUAAUUACAUAAUUACAAUAUUACUCAAUUACAGCUCUGGUUCUAAUUAAGUAAUAUUGUUUAUUAAUAUUGAUCUAAAAAACUGGCUCCGCUUAAUCAUACUCUACCCGUAAGCAAGUUUAACUGAUAUUGUUUUAUACUACCUUACACUUAAUAUUAUAAUUUAGGCUAGUAAACUCUGAAUUAUAGGCCAGCCUAUAACUUGUCUCAGAUGGAUUAGCAAGCAAGCUACAUAUAAAAAAAAAUCAUUAAACCUGAGGUGAUAAUGAUAAUAGAUUAUUAUUAUGAAUGGUCUGUAUAAAAUAUUAAUAAAGGGCUUAAAAAUA